AUGGUUGUCCCAAAUGUCAAGACAGGAGAGAUAGAGCCUUUGGUGGCUUCACUCCAGGUAGAGGAAGAGGAACAACUGAAUCAGAUGCUGUUGAGAUUAAAUGAAAUAGCAGAGUAUGCUAUAGAGAAGAAUGUGCGAGUGAUGGUGGAUGCAGAGCAGACCUAUUUUCAGCCGGCCAUUAGUAGAUUAACCAUUGAAAUGAUGAGGAAAUUCAACAAGGAGAGGGCUGUCAUAUUUAACACAUACCAGUGUUACCUAAAGUCUGCGUUUAAAUCCGUAAAGCUGGACUUGGAUUUAUCAAAUCGUGAAGAUUUCUAUUUUGGAGCAAAAAUUGUACGAGGGGCAUAUAUGGAACAGGAGAGAGAACGUGCAGCAACCAUUGGCUAUGAUGACCCCAUUCAGCCCACAUUUGCAGCUACCUCACACAGCUACCAUAGAGUGGUGGAGGAAAUCAUGAACCAAAUCAACCAGAGACCUCGAGGGAAGAUAGCGGUCAUGGUGGCUAGUCAUAAUGAAGAGACCGUCAAAGUGACAGUGGAGAAAAUGAAGAAGAACAAUAUUGGACCACAGGAUAGAUUGAUCUGUUUUGGUCAACUUUUGGGCAUGUGUGAUCACAUCAGCUUUCCACUAGGACAGGCUGAGUACUCCGUUUAUAAGUAUGUCCCUUACGGCCCAGUGGAGGAAGUUUUGCCCUACCUGUCCAGGAGGGCGAUGGAAAACAGGGGGAUUCUAAAGAAGGUCAAGAAGGAGAAACAUUUACUCUGGCAGGAGUUACGUCGCAGGAUUAAAGGGGGCGAAAUACGAUAUAAUCCAACUCAGGCAUCAGCUUAAAAUCAUAGAGGCGAAAUCCAACAACAUCUUUGUCUAAAUGUUAUAAACUGAUGAGGAGUCCUAAGUUAGGCACAGAAUUAAUUCUGGAUUUUAGACUGUACUGAAUUGAUACUUCAACAUUUGACUUCUGUAUACACUCCACAGUUUGUAUGAAGUUUUAACUUGAAAAGUAUCAGUUUAAUCACAAUGGUGAUUGACAAACUGUAACACUAUCUCUGUAUAGUCUAAAACUAAACAUGUGCAGAUAUAUAGAUUUGAUGCUAUGCAUAAUGAAAUACACAUGUAUAUAUAUUUAUGUCACUAUUUAAAUUCUGUCAUUCCACACAGAAUAUUUCUCGUUCUUUGUUCCAUUAAAUGGUACAAUAUGUACAUUUUUUAUGCUUGUAGCAGUUUUAUUAUUUGUGGUGCAGUUAGUUUUUUGAUAUUUGCCUCUGUAACCUGAGAACAUGCUCAAUGAUUCUUCUUCCUAAGUUUUAUAUAUUUAAGUUUGAUAGAUUUUUUUUAAUAUUUUUAGUUGUCAGAUAAAUGAAAAUUGAAUCUCUAGAAUUUCCCCAUCUCUCUUAAGGGAAAAGUAAUGUUUUCAAUGUAAGUAUAUAUUGUACAUGUACCUAUGUUUAUGUGUCAAAUUUUAUUGUUUUGUUGAUCAUGUCUCAUUAUUUAGCCCGCAUCAGAUUCUUUUAACAUGCUUACCAGACAUGAACUUUGAUGUUCUGUAGAAGUACCGUACUUUUUUCCGCGUGGUAUUAAUUUACGUUAUGUACGCAGUCAAAAAUUUUCCGCGUAUAUUUGUCUAAGCGAACUAAAUAUAAAUGUUAGGCAUAUAGUGACAAUCUAGAAAAUCCGCAUAAUUUUCUACCUGCGGAUUAAACAGAAAUUGAGAUAAUGCGGAAUUAUGACCCCAUGGAAAAAAGUGCAUCUACAGUAUUUCUAAGUAGAUUGGACAGAUGGGUUAUUACAGGGCCAUAUCAGUCCAUACUGUAAAUGACCUAGAUCCCCUCUCGUACUUACUGUAUAGUUUAUAAUUUGAAGUUUGUACAGAAGAUACCAUAUCUAUACAAUACUUAACUGAACCUAAUUGUAUUACCAGCCAUUAGUUCUUCCCAUUGCAGGAUACUGAUAUGUCUCCAUAAGAUAAAAUGGGCAUAUUUUAAGUUGUUUGAAUCUCAUAUUUUAUCUCAAUUUAUUUUUCUACGUUAUCUCUAUCCAACCUUUGUUCUCUUUUGUGAUUGUUAUUUUUGAAUGUGCUCUAUUGCAUUUUCCUUUAGUAGAAAAUUUAUAUUUGCUAAUCUUUAUUGAUGUUUAGAGUCAACAAGAUUUUGUGAAACAUGGAACCUCACAACAAAUGUAGAUGUCCCAAAAGUAGUGAUUGUAUCCAUUGUCUGCUUCAACAAUCUUAUAUGUUGAUGAAAACUUGCAAAUUUUGUAAUUCAUAGAAUUAAAGGUUCACGUACUACACUGUGUCAAGUGGAGAAAGAUCUACAAAAGUUCAAGGCUAAAAAGUCAGGGGUAAUUGAAAAGUCUGUGACAACUUUUUUUUUGUCUCACAAUAAAAGAUAGAUAUCUACAAAUUUUAUGUUAUUAGAUUAAAUUAUUGCUGAUAAUGAAACCUAUUUGUUUGACAAUUGUAUUUAUUUGGAAGAUUGUUAAUAAAAGAAAUUGUAAAAUCACGAAUUU